GCACGCACGCGCCCCGGGCCCCCCUCCCCGCCCGCGCCCCGGUCGCCCGGACCAGCCGCCCUCUCAAGUUGUAGCAGUCGCUCGCCCGGCGUGCUCCGUGGGCGGUCGGUAGGCGCGCGGGGGAGAGCGAGGGCGACGCUGCUGGGGUCGGGGCGCCGGUGGCCGCCCCGGGCGAUGAGGGGUCGGCGUUGACAGGAGAGGCGAGCGCUCGGCGGCGGCUCGCGCGGACCCGCGAUGGAAGCGCCCCGGGAGGAGGCUCCCGGCCGGGAGGACGGCGCGGGCAGCGGCCGCUGAGGAGCCUCCGGGGCUCGGUGCGCUCAGGGGACGCGAGGCGCGCUCGCUCGCCCCAGCCGUCCAAACUUCGGGCUCGCCUCCGCCCGCCCUCGGCGCCGGGCGUCAGCAACUUGAGCGGCCCGCGCGCCCCAGCCCUCCCCUCCGCCAGCCCCGGGAGGCGGCCGCGCGGCGCGGGGAUGCGGCCGUGAGGCGCUGUCGGACGGGGAGCAGCUCGCGGAGCGCGAGGGCGGCGCGGCCGGAGCCCGGGGCGCAGGGGCGCAGGCUCUGCGCGCCCGUCCCUCGCCCAUUUCCCGGGCCAGCCGCGGCGGGAGGUGCCGGGCGCCGCCGGGGUCGCGGAGAUGUCGUCGCCGUCGCCGCCCGCGCCAGUUGCCUGCGCCGCCAUCUCGGCCUCGGAGAAAGUGGACGGCUUCACCCGGAAAUCGGUGCGCAAGGCGCAGAGGCAGAAGCGCUCGCAGGGCUCGUCGCAGUUCCGCAGCCAGGGCAGCCAGGCGGAGCUGCACCCCCUGCCCCAGCUCAAAGAUGCCACUUCAAACGAGCAGCAGGAGCUCUUCUGCCAGAAGCUGCAGCAGUGCUGUGUGCUGUUUGAUUUCAUGGACUCUGUUUCAGACUUGAAGAGCAAAGAAAUCAAAAGAGCAACACUGAAUGAACUGGUUGAGUAUGUUUCAACUAAUCGUGGUGUAAUUGUUGAAUCAGCGUAUUCUGAUAUAGUAAAAAUGAUCAGUGCUAACAUCUUCCGUACGCUUCCUCCAAGUGAUAAUCCAGAUUUCGAUCCAGAGGAGGACGAGCCCACACUUGAGGCCUCUUGGCCUCACAUACAGUUGGUGUAUGAAUUCUUCUUGAGAUUCUUGGAGAGCCCUGAUUUCCAGCCUAGCAUUGCAAAGCGAUACAUUGAUCAGAAGUUUGUACAACAGCUCCUGGAGCUUUUUGAUAGUGAAGACCCAAGAGAGCGCGACUUCCUGAAGACGGUUCUGCAUCGGAUCUAUGGGAAGUUUCUUGGGCUGAGAGCGUUCAUCAGAAAGCAAAUUAACAACAUUUUCCUCAGGUUUAUAUAUGAAACAGAACAUUUCAAUGGUGUGGCUGAGCUCCUUGAAAUAUUAGGAAGCAUCAUCAAUGGCUUUGCAUUGCCACUGAAAGCCGAGCAUAAGCAGUUCCUAAUGAAGGUUCUUAUUCCUAUGCACACUGCGAAAGGACUGGCUUUGUUUCACGCUCAGCUGGCGUACUGUGUCGUGCAGUUCCUGGAGAAAGACACAACCCUGACAGAGCCUGUUAUCAGAGGACUGCUGAAAUUUUGGCCAAAAACAUGCAGUCAGAAAGAGGUGAUGUUUUUAGGAGAAAUUGAAGAAAUCUUAGAUGUCAUUGAGCCAACACAAUUCAAAAAAAUUGAAGAGCCCCUUUUUAAGCAGAUAUCCAAGUGUGUCUCCAGUUCUCACUUCCAGGUUGCAGAAAGAGCACUGUACUUCUGGAAUAAUGAAUAUAUUCUUAGUUUGAUUGAAGAGAAUAUUGAUAAAAUUCUGCCAAUUAUGUUUGCCAGUUUGUAUAAAAUUUCCAAAGAACACUGGAAUCAGACCAUCGUAGCACUUGUGUAUAAUGUGCUGAAAACCCUGAUGGAGAUGAACGGCAAGCUUUUUGAUGAUCUUACUAGUUCCUACAAAGCCGAGAGACAGAGAGAGAAAAAGAAAGAAUUGGAACGUGAAGAAUUAUGGAAAAAACUAGAAGAGCUGAAGCUAAAGAAGGCGCUCGAGAAACAGAACAGCGCAUACAACAUGCACGGUCUCCUCGGCUGCAAUACAAGUGCCAAAUAAGAGCAGCGCCCUCUGCUGGGCGGGCUUUUGUCCAUCUUCUGGGAUGUAUAAAACUUCAAAGCAACCUCAUCAGUAUAAUACAAUUAGGAGGCCAGUUUUACCUGGCGAGCGUAAGCGAAAGAAGUCGGACUAAACAUAGCCCUGUGCUGAUCAUGGCCACAGUGUAUUGUAACCUGUCUAAUCAUCGAUUGUCACUUACCGUCUGUGUUACAGUGAGGUGGUUGAUUGUGGGAGUGGUGGGAAUCGCGCUGCACACAGAGCAAGUCGUUCUCUGUGCUUUCACAAGGCUGCAGACCUUGGUUCAUCUGGGGAAAGCACUUCCGUAAGAUAACGGAGGCGGUGUCCUUCCCUCUCCCAGAGAGAUGGCGGGAUAAAAGCCCAACCUCUUAAAGAUACUGCCGCACUCUGGGGUCUGCAACACCUACGUUUCCAGGCUUCUGAAGCACAAAGUAUUAAAGCUGGGGGAAAAGUAAACCAAACCAAAAUUAUGUUCCCAAAUACCCCCUUCAGCAACAGCACCCCAGAAUGUAACAAAGUAGCGUCAGUGGGUGGACCCUAGGCUCACCUCUCCUUCAUUCCUCUCCUCUCCAAGGCUGGAGGCUCUGAGUCCCACUGUGUGAUGCAGACUGCUAGCUGUCACUGCCUGGCUUUAUUGAAAGGAAAUGCGUUGACUAUGUAGAGGCCAUGUACGUUCUACCUGGUCAAGUAUCUCUCACAUGUUACCAGUACCAUUCCAACCUCUUGCCUUGCUGUUGUACGGAACUGUUUUAUAAUGGAAGACCUUCACUGGGGAUUGAGCAGCAUUUAAUAAAGUCUAUGUUUGUAUUUUG